CCUUCACUUUCUCUGGGUCCUUGUGUGUGUUUCAGGCCUUCAAGGAAAAGUUGCAAACUCCCGAGUUGUUGCUGCUGUGAGGGAGCAGGUGCCUGGAAGGAGGGAGCAGGUGUCUGGAAGGAGGGAGCGAUGUAGGAGGUGCCCGGGCUCAGGGAGGUUCGGGGGACACAUGGAGAGGGUGUGGGAAUGGCAGGGCUAGGCCGGCCAGCCCUCGCCGGGUGUUCAGGGCAGAGGCUCCGAGCCCUCCCUCCGGAGGGAAGGGGGAUUGAUCACGGUGUUUAAUUUUUAUAACAAGAAAAACAACACAAAUAACCAAAAGUGAAGGAAAAAACCCACCCCGGCCCCACCCCAGCUGCCCAAGGAUGGAGUUGGAGUAGCCAAGCCCGGCUGGAUGCUGGGGAAGGGGUUGGCGCCCGCACACAUGAAGAGACUCCCCGAGUUGUUUGGCUUCGCGAGGAGAUAAGGCCAGUGGAGCUCCAUGUUUUUAAAGGUGGGCCGUGUAUGAUGAAACCCAACUUCUUUUAAAGUGUAGCAGAUUUAAUUUUUAUGGCCAAAUGACAGCUUGACCCAGUUGUUAUCCAAUCAAAGGGCAUUUUUUUGAAUGUCUCUUUGUGGCACAACGGCCAACGCAAAAAUGAUGGCGGCUUACAAUGGCGGUACGUCUGCGGCAGCAGCAGGUCACCACCACCACCAUCACCACCACCUUCCUCACCUCCCUCCUCCUCACCUCCAUCACCACCACCAUGCUCAGCACCACCUGCACGCCGGCUCGGCGGCCGCGGUGCACCCCGUGCAGCAGCAUGCCUCCUCGGCCGCCGCGGCCGCCGCAGCCGCCCCCCCCCCCCCCCCCCCCCCCCCCCCCCCCCCCCCCCCCCCCCCCCCCCCCCCCCCCCCCCCCCCCCCCCCCCCCCCCCCCCCCGCAGCAGCCCCAGCUCAGGUACAGGCUGCAGCAGCUGCUGCAGUCAAAGCGCACCAUCAUCAGCACUCACAACAUCCACAGCAGCAACUGGACAUUGAGCCGGACAGACCCAUCGGAUACGGAGCCUUUGGUGUUGUCUGGUCAGUAACAGAUCCACGAGAUGGAAAGAGAGUUGCACUCAAAAAGAUGCCCAACGUCUUCCAAAAUUUGGUCUCUUGCAAAAGGGUCUUCCGGGAGUUGAAGAUGUUGUGUUUUUUUAAGCAUGACAAUGUACUCUCUGCCCUCGACAUCCUCCAGCCUCCACACAUUGACUAUUUUGAAGAAAUCUAUGUUGUCACUGAGUUGAUGCAGAGUGACCUCCAUAAGAUUAUCGUCUCUCCUCAGCCACUCAGCUCCGAUCAUGUCAAAGUUUUUCUUUACCAGAUUUUAAGAGGUCUGAAAUAUCUCCAUUCUGCUGGCAUUUUACAUCGAGACAUUAAACCAGGGAACCUACUCGUGAACAGCAACUGUGUCCUUAAGAUUUGUGAUUUUGGAUUGGCCAGGGUGGAAGAGUUAGACGAGUCGCGGCACAUGACUCAGGAAGUUGUCACUCAGUAUUACCGCGCUCCGGAGAUCCUGAUGGGCAGCCGCCACUACAGCAACGCCAUCGACAUCUGGUCUGUGGGCUGCAUCUUUGCAGAGCUGCUGGGCAGGAGGAUCUUGUUCCAGGCACAGAGUCCCAUCCAGCAGCUGGACCUGAUCACAGACCUGCUGGGCACGCCGUCGCUGGAGGCCAUGAGGACGGCGUGUGAAGGCGCCAAGGCACACAUACUCAGGGGUCCUCACAAACAGCCAUCCCUUCCUGUCCUAUAUACACUCUCCAGUCAAGCUACACAUGAAGCAGUUCAUCUCCUUUGCAGGAUGUUGGUCUUUGAUCCAUCCAAAAGGAUAUCUGCUAAGGAUGCCUUAGCUCACCCCUACCUGGACGAGGGCCGCCUGCGCUACCACACCUGUAUGUGCAAAUGUUGCUUCUCCACCUCGACUGGCAGAGUCUACACCAGUGAUUUUGAACCCAUCACUAACCCCAAAUUCGAUGACACUUUUGAGAAGAACCUCAGUUCUGUUCGGCAGGUUAAAGAAAUAAUUCAUCAGUUCAUUUUGGAACAGCAGAAAGGAAACAGAGUGCCUCUCUGCAUCAACCCUCAGUCUGCUGCUUUUAAGAGCUUUAUUAGCUCCACGGUCGCCCAGCCCUCCGAGAUGCCGCCGUCGCCGCUGGUGUGGGAGUGACCGGAGCCCCCCGUACUACUGAAGAUGUAAUGUAGCUUUCCACUGGAGUCUGGGAUUUGCAAUUCUGGAGGUUAAUCAUGCUUGUACUGUAAUUUUACUAAUGAAGUUUUAAAUUAACAACCACUACUUGUACAAUAUGAAUAAUACUUAGAAAUGUACUAGACUUUUAAUCUUGUAAAGUGGUUGUGCUUUUAGAAGAAAAUAUUUUACCCAGAGUUGCACGUGUUUUAUGAAUUCUAGUGCAGCUGUGAUGGCUCAGCUCAGAACAAACAGAAUUGAACCAAAUUCGGGGAGGUUUUUCUUUUUUU